GAUAGUUCACUCUUUCAUUUGUUGCUAAAAGAGUAAAAGGUUCUCCUUUUCUUUUAUAUUUUGUCCCUUCGUAUUUCCCAAUUUACCCUCUUUGUCUACCUUCCUCCAGCUUGUGUCAUGUUGAAUCCUAGCCUUGCAUUGGAAAUCAUGGAGUUCGUGGGCGCCAAGGUCAGGAAAACUCCUUUUCAUGCCAGAUCUGCCUAUUCUCCGCCUCAUAGAUUUGUUCGAGCAUGGUGGCGAUGACGAUAGCUAGUGUUGAUUCCUCGGCGCCUGGGUAACCGCUAUUCAGUGCUAGUUCAGCCGCUUCGGGUAGCAAGUUUAUCGGCAUUUCUUAGUUGGAUGGGAUCCGUACCUGUGUUGAAGUGGCCUAGGAAUGGUUAUAGAAAGCUGAAUCAUAAAGAAUCCGAUAAUGCACUACUUCCAAUGGCCGAAUUGAAAAAGGGCAACAAGGCAUCCUUCGAAAAAAGUCAGAGUUGUCUUGAAAGUUCUGAUGAAUCUUAUGACAAGCAACUUUAUGGAUGGUAUGGUGCCAUUCAGAGACAGAUUCGAAGAUCUCAAUACCAAAUGCGAUACAGUCAACCAGUUCGAAUAACAGUUUCCAUUGUUGUUCUCCUUUGCUUGAUUGUUUUAAUUGCGAUUCGCGCUAUGUAGAAGGAAGAAGGCUUAGACACACGUGAUGAUAUCAGUUUGUAGCUGGCAAGAGCAUGAGGAAUGACAAGCUUUUGCUUCAAGCUAAUUUAACAUUUCAAAUGCUUUGGGAUUUAAUAUUUAUAGCCAACCAUAGCAUUUACUCAGUUAUUCAUUUGUUGCUAAAAAGUUCUCCUUUUCUUCUUCUUCUUUUUUUUUCCCCUUCCUAUUUUAAAAUUGUUCAUCAAGAGCUCUCUCUUGUAGUGGUAUCACAAGUCAUAAGAUGCAUGAGAUGGAGAUGAAAGAGGGAAUGGACAUGUUAGACCUUCUUGAUGAGCUUUGGUUUUGUACCGACUCCUUUUAUAACAUGUACAUAUUCAAGAUGA